AUGCUCGACAUAUACGCGGUGGAGUAUCUUCGCAACGCUGCCUGUCGCGUCAAAUGGUCUAGACACUGGACCAUCGUCCUCGGCGAGUCAGAAGGCAGCCUCGUGGAGAGAAACGGGGACGUUAACAUCCGAGAAUCGUUAAGUGUCCGUUCCCGGGCAAAAUCGGUUACGGGAGGGAAGCCGAAAGUUGUCAGGCUAAUGUCACAUCUCACAUCCAAUUUGAUUAACCAGGGCCUUUCAUGGGGCAGGUUUGAUUGGCAUGUGUUCUAA